AAACACAUUGAUUCUGGUUGGGAAGAUACUAUUGAAGACUGCAUUCACUGACAUCACUGCUCUAUCCCUAUGACAACUCGUUUGUGGAGAUUGUUCUUCAUUUGUUUUGAGUUCCUCUUUGAAAAAUGACAAAAAAAAUGUUUGAGUUCCUGUUUGAAACUUGAAACAAAAGAAACCUUUUAUCUUUUAGGAUUGUUACUUGUAAUAAUUACAUCAUUAAGGUUGAUAUUCUACUGAUUUUUCUCAUUGCCGAAUUCUUUUCUGAAAUUUCCAUUUAAAAUCUGUGUCUUCUUCUUUUCAUAAUUAUUUUGUUUAGAUCAAUUUCUUUUCAUAAUCAAAAGAUUAAAACAGCUAAUCAAAAACUAGUGUAAAAAAUUUUUAAAUAGCAUAAUUCAAUUGUUGUAUCUCUUUUGACCCAUUCUUGAAAUACGGCUGAUUUAUAUAAAUUUCCUAUCUGUUGAAGUACAUCGCUUUUGUUGAAAAGUUUGAAAUCUCCCUUUGUUUCCCCAAAUAUAUAUAUAUUUUUUUUCAAUUGCCCCACCGAAGAAAACCCCGACUCCUUCUCACCACUUCACUCAUCCACUCUGCAAAAACUCUUUCGAUUCAAAAAAUCAAAAACCCAAUUAAAAAAACAAAAAUGAUAAAUCAAAAUGCAACGGAGGAGGAAGACGACGACGAUCACCAGGAAGCUGCAGAUCUAGUCCACACCCUCGUCCUCCGUCUCCUCUUUCAAAACCCAAACCCUCCCGAUCCCACCUCCCCCGCCUUCCUCAAAACCCUCCGUUACGCCUCCCGCAUCCUCUCCAGCCGCAUCGCUCCCUCCUCCCUCUCCCCCGACGCCGCCUCCAUCGCCGAGUCCCUCAAACGCCGCCUCGCCACCCAGGGAAAAUCCUCCUCCGCCCUCGCCUUCGCCGAUCUCUACACUAAGCUCGCCUCCAAAACAGGCCCCGGCAGCGUCGCCAACAAACGCUCCCUCCUCCACCUCCUCAAAACCGUCUCCGACGAUCGCAAAUCGUCAAUCAACUCCUUCGAUUCGUCGCUUCUGCUAACCAAUUUGAGUCCCUGUAACGCUCCUAAGAAGAAGGAUAGGACUAGCAACGGAGCUCUUAUGAUUAGUAAAGAUCCUGAGAAUUUGAAAGAUAUCGCGUUUAGAGAGUAUAAGAUUUUAAUUAAAGAAGAGAACGAAGUAACGGAAGAGGUUUUAGUUAGAGAUGUUUUAUACGCGUGUCAAGGCAUCGAUGGGAAGUUUGUUACGUUCAACAGCGAGAUCGAAGGUUACGCGGUGGUUGAUUACAUUAAUACCCCUCGUACUACUCGAGUUAUGAUACGUACCCUCUCCUAGCUCGGGUGGUUGUUUAAUAAAGUCAAGACCUUUGUAUCAGAGAGUAUGGUGGAUCGGUUGGAAACCGUUGGACAAGCGUUUUGCGCGGCGUUGCAAGACGAGUUAACUGAUUAUUACAAGCUGUUGGCUGUGUUGGAAGCGCAAGCCAUGAAUCCCAUUCCCUUGGUUUCUGAGUUGGUAGGAGGCUCGAGUGAGUACCUUUCUUUGAGGAGGUUGUCUGUGUGGUUCGCGGAGCCUAUCGUGAAGAUGAGGCUGAUGGCUGUUUUGGUUGAUAAGUGUAAAGUCCUGAGAGGCGGUGCCAUGGCUGGGGCGAUUCAUUUGCACGUGCAGCAUGGUGAUCCGCUUGUAAGGGAGUUUAUGAUGAAUCUGCUGAGAUGUGUGUGUUCUCCUUUGUUCGAGAUGGUGAGGAGUUGGGUUCUUGAAGGAGAGCUGGAAGAUAGUUUCGGUGAGUUCUUUGUUGUUAGCCACCCGGUUAAGGUUGGUUUGCUUUGGAGAGAGGGUUAUAAGCUCCACGUGGAGAUGCUUCCGUCUUUUAUCUCACCGAGCUUAGCUCAGAGGAUUCUGAGAACUGGGAAGUCUAUAAACUUUCUCCGUGUCUGCUGUGAUGACCACGGCUGGUGUGAUGCAGCUUUACAAGCAGCAGCUGCCUCCGGGACGACGACUAGGCGAGGAGGACUAGGGUAUGGUGAGACAGACGCGCUUGAGCAUCUUGUCACCGAGGCGGCGCUGAGGAGGUGCCAGGUUCUUUGGAACGAGAUGAACCAUUUCGUCACCAACUUUCAGUAUUACAUCAUGUUUGAAGUGUUGGAGGUGUCGUGGUGCAACUUCUCGAAAGAGAUGGAGGCUGCUAGAGACUUGGAUGAUCUUUUGGCAGCACAUGAGAAGUAUCUCAGCUCCAUCGUCGGAAAGUCUCUUCUGGGAGAACAGUCGCAGACCAUCCGCAAAUCACUUUUUGUUCUCUUUGAGCUUAUAUUACGCUUCAGGAGUCAUGCAGAUCGUUUGUAUGAAGGAAUCUACGAGCUGCAAAUAAGAACUAAAGAAUCAGGACGAGGAAGAAACAAAACGCAAGAGUCAAGUUCAUGGAUCAGUGAAGGUAGGAAGGCCAUAACACAACGUGCUGGAGAAUUUCUUCAGAGCAUGAGUCAAGAUAUGGACAGUAUAGCGAAGGAAUACACAACCUCACUAGAUGCGUUCCUGUCUCUCCUGCCUCUCCAACAAACUGUGGAUCUCAAGUUCCUCUUCUUCCGGCUUGACUUCACUGAGUUCUACAGCCGGUUGCAUUUUAAAAGAAAAGAAAGUUGAAAGAGUAGCGAGUUUAGUUGAAAAGCAUAUUCCACAAUAGCAAGGGAAGAAGUUAUGUUCUACUUUGACUAACCGCUGACUGCAGCAUGUGCUUGGAGAGGACUUUUUCUCUUGAAUCUAGGUGCGUGGAAGAAUAUGUUUCUUAAUUAUGCCAGUUAUUUAUGAGUCUGCCUCAUAGAUCUUCUGUCAUUUGCACAGAUUCUUGUUUCAAGUGUCUUGUAUUAAUGUUUGGGAUUGGGAAACAGAUUCAGUGGUUGUGAGAUGGGGAAGGUUUGUGUUUGAAUCUGUGCCAUCAGCUUUAGUUUCGUUUGUUUUUUCUUUUCACCAUGUGCCCAUGUGGUAUCUGUAAGCUCUAUUUGAGCUUUUGCUGAUUUGUUUAAUUAGAUUGAUAUAACAAGGAAUUAGUUGUUUGAUAAUAUUUGUGUAGUUAUUUACUUCGAAUGGCUCCAAGCUCUCUAAAAGCUUUUGUGGCCACGGCCUGAGAUCCAGCAUUAGCAUUAGCUCACUGCGGUUCCAAACUGCGAGGCUUUCUCAUGAAAGUCAGAAGAAACCUUUUGAGGAUCAUUCAUCAUCUUUAUCUCAUACCACCUUCUUUAAGGUCUACAAACAGCAUGAAUUUGAUAUAUGUAGUGAAACGUUUAAAGUAAUCGUGUAAGAAAGAACACAUGUCACGGUUUGUCAGUUCUUUAGGCAAGUGAGACACAAUCAGACAACAACAAAGGGGAGGCUUACAAAAAAAUUUAAAAAUACGUCGCCUGAGAGAUUCGAACUCUCGCGGGGAAACCCCAUGUACUUAGCAGGCACACGCCUUAACCACUCGGCCAAAGCGACAGUUGUGUUAACAUGUACCACAGAAGAGUCCUAUCCUAUGUCCUUCGCAUUUUCUUACCUAUGUGGCUAUGUACUUAGCUAAAGUGUACUCUCUGUCUUGUAUGUCAUCUAUUCGUUAACAAAUUGUUGAAAACAAAAUACAAUGCUUAUCAAUUUUAGUUCUCAUUCUCUGUGUCUCGAAUAUCAAAAAGACAAAAUUUAAAAGCUACUGUACAGAUUAAUAAAAAAGAUAUGAGGAAGA